AUGUUGGUGGAGCUGCUCUUCCAGGCUGCCUGUGUGUCCCUGUUCCUCUCCAGCGGCCAGGGCAGGGUGUAUCCCGCGAGGAAGAAGCCGGCCAGCUUUGCCGUGGAGAGGCGCCGCGUGGGGCCCCACGUCUGCUUCCCAGGCUCCGGCAGCGGAUGUUGUCCUGGCUGGAUGCUGUCUCCGGGCAGCGGGAAGUGCACCCUGCCGCUCUGCUCCUUCGGCUGCGGUGGUGGCUCCUGCAUCGCUCCCAACCUUUGCAUGUGCCCGGAUGGAGAGCAGGGAAUCACCUGCCCAGAACCACCAGGGACUUGCGGAGAGUACGGCUGUGACCUGUCCUGUAACCACGGCGGCUGCCAGGAGGUCGCCCGCGUGUGUCCCGUUGGCUUCUCCAUGGCUGAGACGGCCAACGGCAUCCGCUGCACCGACAUCGAUGAGUGCCAGAGCGCAGCCUGCGAGGGGACGUGCGUGAACACGGAGGGAGGCUUCGCCUGCGAGUGCGGAGCUGGCCGGGAGCUCUCUGCUGACCGCCGCAGCUGCCGCGACACGGAUGAAUGCCAGGCCACGCCGUGCCAGCACCGCUGCGAGAACAGCGUGGGCAGCUACCGCUGCUCCUGCCGGCCCGGAUACCACCUCCAUGGGAAUCGGCAUUCCUGCGUGGAUGUGGAUGAGUGCCGGCGGCCUGGCACGCGCCGCUCCUGCCAGCACAGCUGCCACAACAUUCCCGGCAGCUUCCGCUGCUCCUGCCGCCCCGGAUACCGGCUGAGCGCAGACAGGGUGUCCUGCGAAGGGUACCCCAAAUCUAUCCUGGCCCCGUCGCCCAUCCUGCAAUCCCUGCAGCAUCCACCCACCCUUGUCCUGCUCCCUCCUGGUUCCCACCUGCUCCCGAGGGGCUCCCCCUCUCCCCACCUCCCUGUGGCAGCUCCUGGUACCCAAUUCCCUCCCUCCUCCCCAUCCCUGGCCCCUGAGCCAUCCCCACGUGCCAUGGGAGCCCCCGGCACCUCCAUCCCACCAUCCCCUCACUGUUGGCACCGGGGAAUCUCUCGGGAGCCCGGCAGUCGCUGGACAGAGCCAGGCUGCCAGAGCUGCACCUGCCAGGGGGGACAAGUCCUCUGUGACACUGUGAGCUGCUCUGUUCCCUGCUCCCACCCACUUCCUGCUCCAGCUGGGGGUUGCUGCCCCACCUGCACAGGGUGCCUGCACGAGGGGGUGGCCAGGGCCGAGGGUGAUGUCUUCUCCCCAUCCGAUGGGAAUUGCACCGUCUGCGUCUGCUUGGCCGGGAAUGUCUCCUGCCUGUCCCCGGAAUGUCCCCCAGGAUCCUGCCCCAGCCCCUCUCCGGCUGAGUGCUGCUCCUGCACUCCAGAAAAGUGCAAUUUCCGGGGACGCACGUACGCGCACGGAGCCCGGUUCAGCCUGGAUGGGGACGAGUGCACCACCUGCGUCUGCCAGGGAGGAGAGGUGGAGUGUUCCUUCACUCCCUGCCCCGUGCUGGAUUGUCCCCAGCACCAGCGGCAGCUGGGUCCCGGGCAGUGCUGCUCCACCUGCCGGGACCCUCCAGCCCCUGCCGGUUGCUUCCUGGAUGACAACGGUGUGGAGUUUCCCGUUGGACAGAUCUGGUCUCCGGGCGAUCCCUGUGAGUUAUGCAUCUGCCAGGCAGACGGCUCCGUGAGCUGCCAGCGCACGGACUGUGUGGAGACGUGUCCUUAUCCCAUCCGCAUUCCCGGGCAGUGCUGCCCCGACUGCUCCGCAGGCUGCACCUACAUGGGGAGGAUCUUCUCCAACAACGAGACCUUCCCGUCGGCGCUGGAUCCCUGCCUGAGCUGUAUCUGCCUGCUGGGCUCGGUGGCCUGCUCGCCUCUGGAAUGUGCCAUCGUGUGCUCCUACCCCUUCCACCCCGAGGGUCGGUGCUGCCCCGUCUGUGAGGACUGCAACUACCAGGGCAGGAAGGUGGAGAACGGCCAGAGCUUCAUUCCCGAGGGACAGCCCUGUACCCGCUGCACCUGCCAGCUUGGAGAGGUGAGCUGUGAGGAGAGGCCGUGCCCCCGCUCCUGCUCUGAGCCCCACACACUGCCCGUGGGCUGCUGCCCAUCCUGCCCAGCCACAGACAUCCGGCUCCUGCUGCAGGGCAGUGACCUGUCCCCAUCCUCAUCCCCAUCCUCAUCCCCAUCUUCAUCCCAGUCCUCAUCCUCACCCCCAUCCUCAUCCCAGUCCCCAGUCCCUGAAGAUUCACCCCCUGGCACCCCUCAACAUCGCCGCUAUCGCCUGGCCCAGCUCCUGCUUCCCACCACACCCCCCCUCAGCCCCUCUCCAGGGAUUUGGGGGGCUGGGAUGCCCCCUCCGACCACUCCAAGUCCCUCUGGAUACCCCUUGGCACCCACUGUGCCCCCUGACCCCCUCUGUGAGGCCACAGCCCCCCCCAGUGCCACGGGCACCCCCGAGGUUCAGGGAUCCCCCAGGAAUGAGGAUCCCUCCACGGUGCCAUCGGACAGCCCCAGGCUCCAGGCACCAGGUGUGCCUGGAACGCCGUGAGGAGGAGGAGGAGGAUGAAGGAAAGGAGGAAAAGGGGGUCUGCAGGACCAGCAGGCCUGGCCCUGGGGAGGGAGCAGCUGUUCCCCUGCCACCAAUAAAGUCA